AUGUCAUACGAUGAGAUUCUUGGUCACGUAGGAGAUCUCGGCCGCUGGCAGCUGAAAGUAUUUCUGCUCAUCUCGUUAGCAGCACUACCAACCGGUUUCCUGAAUCUGGUUAUCGUAUUCAUCGGAGCGAUCCCUAAGCAUUGGUGCGCCGUGCCGGAGCUGGCGGCACUACCCUACGACGUCCAGAAAACCCUGAGCAUACCGUAUGAGAUAUCAAAUAAAGGAGUAUUGAAAUGGUCGGCCUGUGAGGUAUAUUCUGAACGAAAUUACACGCAGGCAGCUCUUCUCUAUUCCAGUGGAGGCCUCGACAGUCUGUCGCCCUCGUUUUACACCGACGGCAACCAGACAUCGUGCGAGAAUGGUUGGAUUUAUGAUCAGAUAGAAGGGGCCUCGACAUUUGCCAGCGAGUGGGACCUGGUCUGCGGCAAAAGCUGGUUGGCGUCUGCUGCCGGUCAAAGUCUAUUCAUGUUGGGUUUUCUGAUCGGAUGCAUCGUGUUCGGGGAGAUUUCAGACAAGAAGGGCAGGAAGAAUACGUUCUUGUGCACGAUACUGAUACUGGCGACUGUCGGCACGGCUAGCGCUUUCUCUCCGAACUAUCCCGUCUACGCCGUGCUGCGGUUCCUGACAGGGGCGUCGGCGGCCGGGGCCUGUAACAGUGGCUUCGUUUAUCUGCUGGAGAACGUUGGCAAUCCUUAUCGAAAUCGCUGCUCUAACUUGGGCGGGAUGUUCUACUCGGCGGCAUAUGCCAUGCUGGCCCUGCUCGCGUGGCUCAUCCGCUCGUGGCGCCAUCUGCAGUUCGCGUUAUCAAUUUGGAUAUUUCUCAUGCUGGGCUAUUACUUUCUUCUUGACGAAUCACCGCGAUGGCUGUACGCAGAAGGCAAGCACGAAGAAUGCGAAGCGGCACUGAAAAAAAUGGCUGCAAUUAAUCGGAAGUCAUACCCAGAAAAUGUUCAACUAAUACUCGAGAAAAAGAAACAUCAAAUUGUCACCGCCGACGGAAAAGUGAGAGAACCGAAUGUCAUGGACACACUGCGUACGCCAAACAUGAGGAAGAAAUCGCUCGUCUUGAUGUUUCAGUGGUUCGUCGUGUCCAUGGUUUACUAUGGACUUUCACUGAACUCCGUGAACCUCGGCAGUAACCCUUAUCUAAGCUUCUUCCUCGGUGGCCUGGUGGAAAUUCCCGCGCACCUGGUCGUCAUGUACACCUUGAAGCGAUACGGACGCAGACUGACUGCGUCAUUGACAAUGUUAUCCAGCGGCAUUAGUUGCCUAGUGACGUCUCUGCCGUUCUUACACGGAUUUGACGAGUUGAUCGUCGGGCUUGCGACAUUCGGCAAGUUUUGCGUCUCAAUGACGUUCUCCGUCGUCUACCUGUACAGCGCCGAAAUAUAUCCGACCGUAGUGCGUAACGCGGGCCUCGGCAGUAACUCCGUACUCGCCCGAGUCGGCGCUAUCCUCGCUCCUUACAUCUCCAUGCUGGGAACAUACUCGCCGACCUUACCCCUCGUGAUAUUUGGAAUUCCGGCAGUAAUUGCUGGGGUGUUAGCACUGCUCUUGCCAGAAACAAGCGACAAGGUACUACCGGAAACGCUGACAGAUGGUGAGAAAUUUGGAAGGGACCACAGAUUUUGGCAGUUCCUGCCUAUAAAAGGGGACGCAAAAGUAUCCCAAUCGACGCCGAAACCGGUCGCAGUGUGACACCGUGCAGGCGACCAUGCAGUGACUGUGAAUCUCGCAGAUCGCAAUUGUCUAACGUCUUUUAACCGUCGCAUCACCGAGUGUAUGGCCUGCAUCGCUUUGUCGGAAAUCAACCUGAAACUUUCGAUCGUUUUCCG